UUUAGUUCAACCUGCAGAAUUUUAGGCAAAAUGGCGACAUUGUAACGGAUGGAGGACGGGAAAAAAAGGACUGUAAUCAAGUACCAUGACAAACUUGUCCCAUGUUAUAGUGUCCUUCUAUGGGAAGGUGGAUUUACUGAGAACUACAGAGUUCCAAUGCUUUGGAAAAGACUGACUGUGUUGUCUCUGUUAUGGCGGCAGUAAAAGAAAGUGCAGAGGAAGACAAAGAGGUAGAAUUUUCCUCUGAUGACACUCAAGAGCUGACAAGCACAUCUUCUCCCAACAACAACAACAAUAACAGCUUGGAUCCACCAGAGCCCCUGCCCUUGGACAGCCACCAAAACCCUUUAAAUGGAGUCCAGCCGAACCCAUUUGUCUGUGGUAGCGUCCCUGCUGCCCCCAGCACAAACGACUCAUUGCCUUCAGGAGCACUUGUUAAUGGAGCUGCUUCACACUGUACCUCAGAGGAGCCCUGUGUCCACAACAAAGACAUGUCCCCUCUUCCCGGGACAGACACCAGCCCUGAGGUGUUACCACCUCCCAGUGAGCUUCAAUCAGACACCCAGCAGAAAACAGAAGGGUGCGCCCUAAAAGUGCGGCCCGCACGGGCCUCAUCUGAAUCAAACAACAGUGAAGGUGAGGCCCCCUUAGAUGUGCUGGUGGGGGAAGGCUUGGAUAACAGGCCAAUCAGCCGACUGUUGCCUAGAAAGGGAAUCAAAGCAGGGUGCUUAUGGGACUUUGAUUCUGAGUUGUCAGAGAGCUCCUCUGAUGACUGUGAUGGUCUGAACUGGGGCCUGCAGGAGAAGUUCAUGCGGAUACUGUUGAAAAGCAGCGUAGCAGGUGAUGGAGUAAGAACAAAGGUAGCGAUUGAUGGAGCUCCACAUGCCAAGCGAAGACGGAGGAUGCGUAAAAAUCAUGCCAUGGAGAGGGCUGACACUGGAGGACAGGUUUAUGAUGGCUUUGAUUAUGCAUCCCAGAAUUCCCUAACCGAUGAAGACUCCGAUUUUGAGUCGUCCAUUAACAAAGAACAUGCCUUCAGGAAAGAGCCGGAAAGUUUGAAAGCAUAUGCCGGCUUGCGCCUGGAGAAAUUCUGCGACAAGUCAGCUGCCAUGCAGGAGCUAAUUUCAAGCGAGAAGGAAGAGAAAUGUGAUGAAAGCGGCAGCGACGUAGAAACAAACACCUACAUGGGUGAAAAAUCGGCACAGUUAAAGACAGAGACAAAAACAGGCGAGGAGCUGUCCUUCUUCCCCUGUUCAAAGUGCAAUGAUAAUUUCAAGGAGAAGAGGCAUUUGCAUAGUCAUAUGAUGUAUCAUUUAGAUAGGAAUAAUAAGGUGAGACAAGAAGACAUUCCCCGACCCUUUAUAUGUAGAGAGUGUGGGCGUUCGUUCCGAGACCUAACCUCUCUGCAAAAGCACAUGAUAAUCCACCAGGUGCGGAGGGAGAGGCUGAUGGAAGAGAUUAAAGGGUUCAGUAAGAUAGAUGUCGAGGGAAGAAGAGCUUGUCUUCAGUGUCCCCAGUGUGUCUUUGGAGCGAAGUGCCCCAAAACUUUCGCCCAUCAUAGCAAAACUAAUGAGAUGGAGAAGAUGUCUUAUAGCUGUAAGGAAUAUGAUAACAUGACUUCGGCUGAAAUGGAGGCAGACGAGUGCACAGUUCACCACAACGACUUAUUUGUAUGUAAAAUUUGCACAUUUAGAAGUAAGAACGUAUAUAGUUUCAGAAAGCAUGUAGAGCUUAUACAUGGGCAAAAUUUUGAGAAUUAUGAACCUCAACCACACAGCAAUGUGGAUGACCACAUAAAAGCUGUGCUGGACCAACCCAAAAACAUGGAUUCAUCUUUACUUAUGCCAAAGAUUCAAAGCACAGAGAAGCGGUCUGUUAAGGACAGAGUUCAGCUGCCCUUUAGGUCCAAUGGCUCAGCUGACCUUAAUGUGAAAAGCAAAAACACACAAAAAGCUUGUGAUGGUUUCAGCUCCUCGCUGAUCAAAUGGAGCCCUGGCAGCCCAGCAAACAAGCUGUCACCAUUCUCACUGAGAAGUGACAAGCCAAGCAAAUUAUCCCCUCUGCCUACAGAGAAAAUAGACGUGACAACAGGUCUCCCAUAUGUCGAAGAAGACAAUCAAGAAUAUGAAAGCGCUGUCUCCGAAAAGAGGACAAAAUAUCUUUCCAGCUUUGACGUACAUCUUACAACGAAAACAGAGAUCGUGAGUAAAGCAGCCUGUCUGAACCCUGGCACUGAGAGCUGUCCCAAAGAUUCUUCAACCGGCAGUACUUUAGUUCUGCAAACGCUGCGGCACAAAGUACCCUCGAAAAGAAAAAUGUCAAUCCCGUAUCGCAACACCCAUGCCGAUAUUCCUCAUGUGCGUCUUCCAAAAUGUGAGCCUGAGUCUCCACAAUGGGACUCUAGUACACCACAAGAGGGAGAUGACUAUGAAGGUGCUCAGGAUUUCAGCGACUGCACCAAAGAGUCUUCGGAUCAGUUUCAUAGCAAUACCCCUAGUGAUUAUUUCAUCCCUUUCAACAACAACAUUCUGGACUAUGCCGAUAAUGCUAAUCCAGACAACAGCACAGAGGUGGACAGUGAGGAUAUUUGUACAUUUAUAGUGAAGGAGGAGUGUAUUGAGAGUAUAAUAAGUGAGGAGAACCCUGAUCAUGUUGUUUAUCAGCAAAGUGACCCUUAUGCAGAGUAUAUUGUCAACCCUUUGCCUUUGGUGGGCAGGAAGUGCUGUCCCUAUUGCCCCGCAGUCUUUGAGUCUGGGGUGGGCUUGUCUAAUCAUGUGAGAGGACACUUACAUAGGGUGGGGCUAAGUUAUGAUGCUCGUCAUGUGGUGUCACCUGAGCAAGUGGCAUCUCAGGACCGCCAGCCUCGCAUACGCCGAAAAAUCCCCUCAGUGAAUCGCAGAAUCAGAAAAGAUAAGCCAGAGUCUAAAACCGAGCAUACCUGUCCGCUGUGCCUGGGCUGGUUUGACACUAAGACCGGCCUCUCCAAUCAUGUGCGGGGUCACCUGAAGCGGAUUGGCAAGCCAAUUUCGGGCGCUAGCAAGUCACCUCUCUGCAUCCUGACGGAACUUCUUCAGGAUGAGACGGAGUACAAGAACAUUAUAAGGGUGUUUGGUUCCAGACCGCACUUAUCGAAACCUUUUGUCUCUCAAAAGUUUGCCAGCAGCGAUGGACUGUUUCUUACAUCCUCUGGCAUUCCCAUGAAGAUCCACCAUGCAACUGGCCCACCAGAUGAAUGGCCUAUGAUCAGACCCCCUGAGUUUGACAGAGAGAGAAAGAGGACCGAUAAGGUCCAAUCUUGCACUUUAGAGGAUCUGCUGGGAAAUAAGAAAGUGGAGCAGGAAAUGGAGGUUGAAGGUCACUCCGAGGAGGUCACCUCCUCCACUAGAGGCAGUUUACCCAGAACACCAUCUGUGAAGCUGGAUCCUACCUGGAGCCAAGAAAAUAAGAAGAUCUGCAUCCACUGCAACACGACGUUCCACAGCGCUGUCAGUCUGUCCAAUCAUCUCAGAGCAUAUGCACGACGGAAGAAAAUGGCCUUAUUAGAAGGAACAACAUAUGAUUGUAAACAGAAGAGGCCGAGAUCAAGGCCUGGGCCAAAAAGAAAGGCAUUUUCAUCUCUACACGCCGCCUCUGAAGUGAUCUACAGAAUGACCUGCAGGUUCUGCGAUCUGAUCUUCCAGGGUCCUCAGUCAAUUCAGGAAGACUGGAUCAAGCAUUUGCAGAGGCAUCUUAUGCACACGAGUAUCCCCGGCAUGGGUGCAGGUAUGGUGGAGGUUUCAGCGCUGUGUAAAGAGCUGUGUUCCCCAUCUCCCCCCGAGUGCCUGCUUCUGGAUACACACCCUCCUCUCAGUCUGCCUGAGGGGGUCUCCUAAGCCACGUUUACACACCAGCUAUGCUCACUGUACACCUGUUCUGCACAUGUUCAUAAACAAAUACACACAUAUAAUACUGUAUAUACAUCUAUAUAUGAGUACAGAAUAGAAAUAUAUAAUAUAAAUGAAAGAUUUUCUUAUAUUGCAUAUUAUGCUUUUUUUCUUAGGUUUAUUUACCAAUUUUAUUAUAUCAAUCUUCGGUUAUUUUUAAGGGCAUGCUAUUUGCAACAUAGAUGUAGAGAUAUAUUUAGGUCUUGGAUGUGCACAUUAUGCAGUCUCUCUCUGCAGACUGCAGUUCUCAGCUGCUGUGAUUUGCAAGUGUAAAAUUCAGCAGCUAGAUUUUAGAAACUGUCCAAAUCAUGGAAUUCAGAGGUCACUGUAGAACAUAGCACUAUGUCGACUAAUCAGCUUCAAAGACAUUUACAAGGACUUGCUAUUUACUGUAAUUUUGCGCUGCAAAGUUUAUCUACACUGACAAAAAUAACAACCUAGUCUCAUAAAAAUAUGUACCUCUGGAUACUUUUCUGCAACACACAUACCUUACUGCACGUUUUGCGCAGUUACAAAGAGAAAUGUCCACUGAGUAGCACUAAAACAUGUUUUUAUUACUUUGAUAUACAGGUGCAUCUCAAUAAAUUUGAAUGUCGUGGAAAAGUUCAUUUACUUCAGUAAUUCAACUCAAAUUGUGAAACUCGUGUAUUAAAUUCAGUGAACACAGACUGAAGUAGUUUAAGUCUUAGGUUCUUUUAAUUGUGAUGGUUUUGGCUCACAUUUAACAAAAACCCACCAAUUCACUAUCUUAACAAAUUAGAAUAUGGUGGCAUGCCCAUCAGCUAAUCAACUUGAAAAACCUGCAAAGGUUUCCUGAGCCAUUAAAAUGAUCUCUCAGUUUGGUUCACUAGGCUACACAAUCAUGGGGGAGACUGCUGAUCUGAGGUUGUCCACAAGACAAUUAUUGGCACCCUUCACAAGGAGGGUAAGCCACAAACAUUCAUUGCCAAAGAAGUUAGCUGUUCACAGAGUGCUGUAUCCAAGCAUGUUAACAGAAAGUUGAGUGGAAGGAAAAAGUGUGGAAGAAAAAGAUGCACAACCAACCGAGAGAACCGCAGCCUUAUGAGGAUUGUCAAGCAAAAUUGAUUCAAGAAUUUGAUUGAACUUCACAAGGAAUGGACUGAGGUUGGGGUCAAGGCAAGGCAUUUGGCUACAGUUGUCGUAUUCCUCUUGUUAAGCCACUCCUGAACCACAGACAACAUCAGAGGCAUAUUUUCCACAACAUUCUUAUUUAUUGAGAUGCACCUGUAGGUGUGAUUGCUGUGUUUUUAUUACAUUGCUGUAGGUACGUAUUGCAGCCGUUCAGAAUUCAAAUAUUCGGGAACUGGCGUGAGAAGAUAAUGCUCUAUCGUGUUGGAAAUAUGCCAUACACUGAAUCCAACCCUAAACCUACCCGAUAGCAAACAAAUGCAAAAAUUAUAUAAAAAAGCAUUUGUUGAUGCUAAUUUGCCAUUUUAACUAACUCAUAAGUAGAUUUGAACUGUUUUGACAAAACUUAGUUACACGUGAUUCAAUCCGGAGCUUCUCACCUCUCUAGUACAUCUCUGUACUCCAUAGCUACCAAACAAACCUACCGUCUAUGAAAGCCCAUAGAUAUGAAGCUGGAUAUGAGUGAUGCUAAUGUUCAAAGCAUUAAUUUUCAAAUCUCCCAGCAUAUUAAAAAUGUUUUGAAGUAAUUGUGUGAAAAUUAUGCUUAAUUAAUCGAAACUCUGAAAAUUUGCGUGAAACGUAAUAAAAGGUAUCAGAGUUUUACUGCAUCUAGUAUUCAUUUCUUUUGGAAACUGCAGUGAUACGUACUUAUUGGUUAUGUAUUUUGCGUCUUGCGAAAAAGUGCCACCAGGUAUAUUUUUGCCAUGAGAACAGGUAGUAAAAAAAAUUGUAUAACCUAUUUUGUGAGAGAGUAUAUCAGCAUAAUAAUAUAUAUAUACACACGUAGUGCUUCAUUUAUGGUUAAGAAUUCUUAUAUCUACUCUUAUGCAUCAUUUAACACGUUGAGGUUUAAAAAUAUAAUAUUGUGUAUAAGGGCAUUACAGCCCAAACGUAUAACACAGUCUAUUAAAAUAUUUUUAAUGCCAUUAUCAAAGAAAUGAACUGUGAAUUUUCUGACUAUAUCAAUGAAUAUUUUUAAAAAAGUUUCUAGUUGUUUAGUAAAAUCAUGGGCAAUACUGUCAUGAUGCAAUAUUAAUUAGUUUAGUAUCUAUAUAAUGUCAAAAAAGGUCAUUGUUCUAUAUUAUUGUUGUAUGUUGCUGAAACCCCUGCAAAUACUGUUUUUGCUCAUUUUAUGGUGCUAAAAUGUAAGUUAUAUCACACAAAAAUAUAAUAACAACUAAUGAUUAUGUUUUACUUUAGGAUACUUAAGGGAAACUUUACCACAUGUUCUUUCAGAGUUAAAUGAUUUCUUAGCAUUUGAUUGUAAAUAAAUCUGUAGGUAAAGACCAAAUGGAGGUAUAGUUCUCCAUGCCCUGGUCAGCCCCUCAAAUAGUUACCAUGUAACUAUAUACCAUUAUUUGGUGAUGAUAAUGUGCAAGCACAUACUGAUCUAUUAAGGUGUACAAUGUGUUAAUGAGCAGAGAAUGCGUUAACACGUUGUAUUUAUGUCUCUGUUAAGUCACUAAUAGCCAAUUAAAAUGUAAUUGUGAUUUAAA